AUCAUCAGUAGGUGUUUUUCAGUCUGUUGACAUUUAAAUGAUGCUAAGAUGGGCCGUUUUUAAUAGUUAGACAUGUGCUAAUGUGCUUAUGUUGAGAAAUUGCCGUACGUUUCAUGAAGUGGUUGCAUGGAAAGGUCUUUUUGAGGAAUCGCAUAGCUUUGUUACUGCAGCAUGAAACGCUUUCAGAUCGAUCGAAAUAUCAUGACGCUGUUGCAACCUUGCGAGCAGAAUAGAAUUGUUUUGCCUCAACGAGAUCGUAUGCGCUACCUUUUGGUAUUCCUUAAGACGUCUGAUUGCAGCAGCUCCUACCGACUUGUAAGCUGUUUUCAAUCAAUUGGCUUUAUAAAAUAGGGACUUCGCGAGCUCUGAAAUUAUGGCACACUCUCGCUAAGUAAGACUUCAUUGUAACCCAGUCUGCAGACACAUCCUCACAAAUCCGGUCAGUGACCGGCAAACAUGCCUUUCUGUCUUGCAUCAUACUGUUUCCCUGGUGAGGC